GAUGUAACGUAGUAGCCUACUUUUAAAAAGGUAGACCUAUAAGAAUAAUAUAAAUAUAAAUAAAUAUUUAAAAAGUUACUUAGGAUUAUAGGCCAUGACCUAUUCAUUUUUAAUAAUAAUGACCUAUUCAUUAUAUAAUGUAAUUAGGUAGCUGUUUACACUUUAUAUGGGUUACCUGCUAUUUCCUUGUUUGCAGUCGUUAGUCACUGAAAUUUUUCCUUUAUGACAUCACCCUGAUUGACAGACAAACAACCGGACACAUUCUCAAGGGAUCAGCACCGUAUCAUGUUUUCUUUUAUCGACAAUUUAGAUGCAAAACGAAGUAUUCCCUGAUUAAUUGAAAAGCGUUUUAUUUGCAUGUUUACUAUACCCUCCGUAAAGUUUACGUUAACGUGACAAGAAAAUAGUUAGCAAACAUGCAUCGUGCAGGGAUUCGCUCGGCCCGCAUUUAAAUAAGACAGGUUAUUGAACGAAACACGAAGAAUUUUGAACUUAAACUAUAAUAACACUAUUUGUAAUUCACUGAGCAAUAUUUCACUUGCAUAUGCAGACUGUUUCUACAUGAUGUCACAGAAGCUGUUGCUAUGACACGUGACAUCUGCAGCGUAAAUCAGUAGUGAACUUGAAGCGAUGCUACAAGCCCUCAAUCAGUACACAGACAGCGACAAAGUACACAACCAACAUAAAGCGAUCGAAUCACGAAAGACCCUAGAUUCACGUAUGAUCACGUUUAUCGCAAACCCAGUUCAUAGGAAACAACUGUACUGAAAACCAAACGUCGGCUUUAACACAUCAAAGACAAGCCUUUCUUCCCUCAACAUACGUCGUCAACAAUCGUCAAAGGAUUUUAACCAAUUCUGUUUAAGAGCACACAACUAAUCGUAUCUUUCUUGGAGAAAUGUUUUAAUUUAUAAGCUGACUGGAACAACCAUUCAAUUUAAGAUCUGGUGCGAAUUGUACCGUAUUUUAUACUUCAAGCAUCGCCAGGAUUCUAAUAAAACUGAUUGCCAACAUAAUUUCACGUUUCGUAUGGAAAGUAUGAACACGUUCUUAUUAUACAAUAUCUUAAUAUGAUCCAAAGGCCUGUGUGAAUGAAUUUUAAUUGAUGGCGCGCGUACGACAUAUCGUCUGCCAACUGCUCCUGGUGACAGUGAUCAUGAUACAGAGAGGAUCGGGAUGGCAUGACGCAUUAGGCGAGACUACUUUUCACUGUUGGCCGUUAGACGCUGGAGAUGAGGACAAAAACAAUUACAUUAAUUGUGAGGAAAAAGGCUUAUCGUUUUCUUGGGUAGAAAAACCUCCCACAACAGUUACAGCUGAAAAAACGUUCGAAGUCAAGUAUUCUAUCACCGCUAAUGAUAAAUUCUUCGAGUGGGCUAUCAACCCAGAUUCGGAGUACGCUCGGGAUUACGGUAUCAUUCUUAAUUUCAGUUCUAUAGCCCUGGCAAAGGAAUUUUGUUAUAAUGUGUCCUGCCCAGCUGAGGACCAAAACACGGACAAUUGCUGUUUGCAUCAUGUUAAUGUCCACUCGUGUCCACAGGAUGAGAUAAAGGGUACUAUCUGUGGACCAUGGAUUCCUCCGAACGGUGAAAUAUUUACUCACACCCAAGAGGAGGUUGGUAACUUAGCAUCACCAGUAUGGACUACCGAUGUCGCAUUACUCACCCCGGGAUUGACUUCAAUCAUUGCACACAUACGGAUAGGCAACAUUCAGGCAGCUCUACACUACGCGCUGGAGGUAGAAGAGGCAGUCGGUAAAUAACCAUACUUGUUUUUAAAUGUUAUAUCACGAUCCUAUGUUAGCAACCAUCAAGUCAAUUCAAAACUGUUUUUCCCUGGUGAACUUUUGACGUUCCUUCACAUUCAUUUAUCCAUACAUAAACCAUGCAUUGUUUCCCUGUCUAACAUAUCGAACACCUCCACUGUUAUGUUUGGUCGUCGUCAUAUUUUGUUUUCUUUGAUUUACAGUUU